AUGUAUAAAUUCGAUUUUUUUAAAAAUAUUUUAAAUCUAAAUAGUAAAUUAUUCAUUCAACUUUUUAUUCUUUUUUGUUGUACAAAUGUGAUUAAAAGUCAUAAAAUAGUUAGAAGCUCACUUGAUGCGAAUUGGACACAAACAUCGUUUUUAGCUGAAACUGGGUAUUUUUUUAAUAAAUUAUUUGGAAAAGUUUAUAUAUUUUUAAGUGAAUUUGUUGCAAAUACAAUUUCUAACGGGAAUUUGUUUUGGAAUUUUGUGGAGGAAUGUUUGGAUGAAAAAUAUUUAAAUAUGGAAUUAAAUAAUUAUCAACAAGAAUUUAAUUUGGCACUUAAAAUUGCUGAAAAUCUUUUGCCUGAUGGGCAGUCUGGAAUUUCUCUUCUUCGGUUAUCUUUGUCGUUAAGGCUUUAUUCUGCGCGUAUUCAAUUACAUAGACAAAUUGCUAAUGGUCUCUUACCAAAAUUAAAAGAAAAAGAAUGUUCAGAUGACAGCCCCUUUUAUGAAAUACAUGGAAUUGUUAGUUGUAAAUAUUCGGAAAUUGAUAAAUUACUUGAAAAGGCAAAUGAAAGAGAAUCCAGCCCAAUCUAUGCUAUUGAUCAUAUUUAUCCAAUUAAUUUACCUGAAGCAAAUACUUCUCUUAUUGUUUUGUAUGCUAAUAUUGCUCGACCAAAACUUUUCCAUCAAUUUCAUAAAGAAUUUGUUAAAAUGUCUAAUAAAGGAUUAAUUAAAUAUGUUUUUAGACAUUUUGAUAAAAAGGCUAUUUCAACCCCUCUGGUUUCUUUAUCUGGUUAUGGAGUUGAGUUGGCUGUUAAAAGUACUGAAUAUAAAGCUUUAGAUGAUUUGGCUUUGGUAAAUAAUGAAAAAGAAAAUAAUGGAGAACAAUCUGAUUUAAAUGAUUUAGAAAUUUUAACGCCUUUGGAGAAGGACGAACUUGAAGAUAUUGGAUUUCAGGCAGCCCAACAUAUAAUGAAUAAUUCGCCUGAAAAUGUUAUUUCUUCACUUAUAGAUUUAUCGCAAAAUUUCCCUUAUAAAUCAAGAUCGUUAACAAAAAUCAAAGUCAGUCAAUCAUUUCGUGAAGAAAUUUUAUUUAACCAACAUCAUUGGAAUAAAGAAUUAGAACUUUCUGAAGGAGAAUCUGCUCUGUGGAUAAAUGGAAUUAAUAUUGGACAUGAUCUUGAUUCUAUCGAUUUAUUUCAUCUUUUUGAAACAUUGAGACAAGAACACUUACUUGCUAAUUAUUUUAAACAAAUUGGAUAUAAACGUGAAUAUUUAAAUAUUUUACAAACAAUUGAUUUGUCAGAAGAUAAGUCAAAUACUUGGGCUUUGGAUUUUAGAGAUGGUGAUCCUCAUUGGAUAAAUAAUCUAGACAAAGAUCAACAAUAUUCUGAUUGGGGCAAUAGUGUUCGGUUACUUCUUCAACCAUAUUUCCCAGGAAUGAUUCGACCAAUUGCUCGAAAUUUAUUUUCUCUGGUUUGUAUUUUAAAUCCUUCUUUGCCUUCUUCUCGUGAUAUAUUAAAAACAACAUUUUCUCUUUACAUGCACCAAGUUCCUUUAAGAAUUGGUUUUAUUUUUGUUAUUGACGAUACACCUUCAUUAGAUGGAAAAUCAAAUGUUGAAGUUGCUAUUUAUAAUAUUUUUGAAUUUAUAAAAGAAAAAAAAGGAAUAUUAAAAGCAGUUCAUUUUAUUUUGAAGAUUCACGAAGAAUUGUCAUCGCCAAUUGAAGUUUCUGAAGUCCACAAAUUUUUUAAAGUACAUUUUCAAGAUUCUGAUUUUGACAAAAUUUUUGGUCUUAAUUCUGAUUACAGCAAAAAUCUUUCAACUGGAAUUAAUUUUUAUCGACGUAGUGGACUUAAAAAAUUGCCAACAGUUUUAGUUAAUGGAAUUCCAUUAGAUAAUUCAGCAUUAGAAUCUUCUGAUAGAAUUGAGGAUGGAAUACUUUUUUCAAUUAUGAGACAAACAAGUUCUUUGCAACGAGCAGUUAUGGAUGGAAGUUUAACAGAUAAAGAAAAUAUUUUAAAUUGGGUUAUGUCAAGACCAGAUGUUUUACCUAGAUUAAAUCCCAGAUUAAUUGGAAAUAAUGAUGAAGAUAAUAAUGAAAGGAAGACAUUACAACCAUUUAUUUUUACUUCAAAUGAUGUUUCGUGUGAUGAUUAUACUUUACUUGAAAAAAUGAGCUCUCAAAAUCGAUUCAAUUGUCUGAUAAAAGAAAGGUUUUAUUUGGUUCGUUCUGAUGAAAUGCUUGAUGAAUCAAUUCAUUGGUUUACUGUUUGGUUAGUCGCAGAUCUAAAUUCAGUUAAAGGACAGCAAUUAUUACGUGAUGCAUUAAAAGCACUUAAGAAAAGCAAUUAUAUGCGGUUAACUUUAAUUUACAAUGGACCUGAAAUUAAAAAGAAUUCUUGGACAAUUGCACACAUUUGUGAAGCAAUAUUGACACGUCUUUCUUCUGCGGCAGCAAAAAGAGCAUUAAAUAAAUUACUUGGAUUAGAAGAAAUUGAGAAGAUUAGUAAAGAAAUAUUUAAUGAAGAAUCUGUUGAAAAUUUAUUAAAAGAAAUUGGUGGACAUGGAAUUAAUAUAGACCCUAUUUUGGCUGAAUUAAAGAAUGGGAAUGUUGAAAAAAGAUUAACCCUUCAAUCUGCAUUUGCUUUUAAUGAUUUGAAUUUAAUUGAAGGACAAUUAGCUGUUAUUAUUAAUUCAAAUGUUUAUGGACCUUUUGAUAAUGAUGAGAAUUUUGGAUUUGAUGAUUUUGCGUUGGCUGAACGUUUAGCUGAAAGAAAGGGUAUCAAAAAAGUUGCUGAAAUGGUUAAAGGAUGGAAGAAGAAUGACAAGAAGGUCAAAAAUCCUUCUGAUACUUUGUUACAAAUUAUUUCUUUUGUUGAAAAUUUUGCUAUACAAAAACGUCGCCAUUCUAUCGAUGUUGGAAUGGAAUUUGAAAGUGUUUUGAAUUUAUUGGCAAAAGAUGAUGACCGCCCGAUAUUCCAAAUUGUUGCAAUUGUUAAUCCAAUUUCUCGUGUGGCUCAAAAAUUGAUUCCAAUUCUUCAAAUAUUACUUAAAGUUUUAAAUGUUGAUUUAACUUUAGCUUUGAAUCCAAAAUCUAAAAUUACUGAACUCCCCUUAAAACGGUAA